AUGACAAUCAAAAUCCAAUGCGUUAGUCAUACAUGUUCUGUAAGGCAGUUGUUUCAUCUACUUACAGCGGAAGCUCUUGGUGCUAUUGGUUCAGAUACAGCAGUCAAUAUACUAAAGAAGUAUGCUACAGACCAAAACGUAGAGAUUGCAGAAACCUGUCAACUGGCACUGGACAGAAUAGAGUGGGUGAAUAGUGAAGAACAAGAGCAGCUACCCGAAAGUCCCUAUCCAACCGUGGACCCAGCUCCUGCUGCAAAGGACAACAACGUUGAGUCUUUGAGAAAGACUUUACUGGAUGACAAACUAUCUAUGUUUGAGAGAUACAGAGCAAUGUUUGCGUUGAGAAAUAAGGGCUGCAAGCAAUCCGUACUUGCUUUGGCUGAAGGUCUGGGUUGCAGUAGCAUACUGUUUCGACACGAGAUUGCAUAUGCACUUGGCCAGAUGGAAAACGAAGGUGGUGCAAACCAGCUGAUCGCAUCUUUGCAGAAUUCCAAUGAGAGCCCACUGGUUAGACAUGAAUGUGCAACAGCCCUGGCAGCAAUUGGUAGAGCAGACUGCGUACAGGCAUUGAAUGAUAACAUCAAUGAUGGCGAGAGUGUUGUGAGUGAGAGUUGUGAGCUCGGAUUAAAUAUGUAUAUUUGGCUGGUAAAUAUAACUACAGGCAUAUUCAAAACAUAUAAACGCGUAACACGCUGGAUUCUAACUGACAGCAGCAAAACACUUCCUGAAUAG